GAUUGCUCGAUAGUUCGCUUGUUCGUGGGAGAUAAGAUAGCUAAAUUACAUACUUUUUUUUAUCACUGUGUUUUUCGCACAAAGAAGAUUAUAAAAGUCAUCAUUCAUCACAUCGAGUAUAAAUACAGUGUGCAUUUUUCUCUCCUUUUUUUAAAAAGAAAACCCUGCAUAAUUAAUCCUUUAUUUUAAAGCACGUAGAAAAUUAACUCAUUCAAGACUUUCAUAUUCUAUUUUAUUCAAUUCCAAGUGCCUUGACAGAAUAUUUGUAUAUAAAGACAUCAUCAAACUAUGACAGACUCUGAAAAAAUCACUGCUCAACAAAUUGAACAUGGUGAAGCAAAUCAAAUAUUAGACGCAGAUGAACUCUUGCUUCAAUCAUUAGGCUAUAAACAAGACUUGAGUCGAUCUAUAUCUGCAUUCUCUAAUUUUGCAAUUGCUUUUUCAUGCUGUUCAGUGCUAUCCGGGCUUGGCCCAAUGUGGGGCGAUGCCAUGACCUCAAGUGGUUCCAUGGGCGUCAUUUGGGGCUGGCUCAUUACCGGUACUUUUACUAUGAUUGUUGCUUUAUCACUUGCUGAAAUCUGUUCGAGCGCACCAACAACAGGAGGUCUGUACUACUGGACAUCACGUUUGGCAACAGCGAGUUGGAUGCCAUUGGCUUGCUGGGUUGUAGGCUGGUGUAACUGGAUUGGUUUAUGCUUUGGCAUAUCCUCAGUUGACCUUGGUCUAGCUCAAUUCAUUGCUAGCGUUGUCUCUGUUUGGAGACCUGAAAGUGAACCACUCUCUGUUUAUACUCAAUAUGGCAUCUUUGUUGGUAUCCUUAUUAUUCACGGCUUCAUUAACUCUGUAGCUGUCAAAUGGAAUGGUGUUAUGAAUCAAGGUUCAUUCUUUGCAAACAUGCUUGGCAUUCUUUUUAUUGUCAUUGUUGGCCUUGCUCUUACAAAACCUUUAGCAACAGGAGAAUUUGUGUUUACUCAAUUCUAUAAUGGAUCUGGAUUUAGCAGCAAUGGCUAUGCCUUCUUGCUUGUUAUCCUCCAAUCACAGUAUACACUCUCUGGCUAUGACAGUGCUGCACACAUGGCCGAAGAAACUAAAAAUUCUCAAGUGGGUUCCCCAUUUGGUAUUUUGGUGUCCGUUGCAGCCAACGCUGUUUCUGGUUUCAUCUUUUUAAUCGCUGUUAACUUUAUGGUGAAUGAUUUUGAUAGACAAAUCUUGAGUGAAAACGCCAUCCAACCACAAAUGGUUCAAGUCUUUUAUGAUGGUGUUGGAUCUGCUUGGACAAUGGUCUUUUUGAUUUUUAUCAUGAUCAGUACAUUUACCUGUGGAUCUGCCUUGACACUCGGUAGUUCUCGCAUGGUCUAUGCCUUUGCACGUGAUGGCGCCAUGCCCUUCUCCAAGUUUUUACAUAGUCUCAACAAGAAGACAAAGACACCUGUCAAUGCUGUAUGGUUCAACAUUCUUGUGGCUGGUGUUGUUGGCAUUCUUUACAUGAUCAACAGUACUGCUUAUGAAGCCAUUGUCUCUGUCAACACAAUUGGUUCUCAGAUGUCUUAUUUGGUACCUAUUCUUCUACGUGUCACUUCUUCCCGUACUAAAUUUCAGCCUGGACCCUUUCACCUCGGAAAAUACAGUAUUGUGCUCGGCUGGAUUUCUUCGCUUUGGCUCAUAUUUACCUGUGCUCUCUUUAUCUGUCCUACCGCAGCACCUAUUACGCCUGAUAGCAUGAAUUAUGCUAUUGUUCCUUUUGCUGCCAUUAUGAUUUGCUCCAUGACUUAUUUCUAUUUCUGGGGCAGAAAAUGGUUUACAGGUCCUAUCCGUAUGGUUGAUGGUAAAGAGAUUAUACUCGAUGAUGAAGUCUCAAUGGAAGACACUUCAGAUCAAAAGAUUUAGAUCUAGCCUCCAUGUGUCUCAAAUUAUGUAAAUAGUAAUAUCCGAGAAAUAAACAAGUUAAUUCACUUAUUGUCAACACUUACACUAAAUAUGACGUGCUAGUGAUGGGAUAGUGUUGUCAAUUAA